GUGUGAGUGUGUGAAUGUGUGUGUGAGUGUGUGAAUGUGUGUGUGUGCGUGUGUGUGCGCGCGAGGGCAAGUGGGGAGGAGGACGCAGCUCAGGACAACCCAGCUAGCAGGUCCCGGGGUCCAGGUGGAGACACGAGCCCUCGAUCGGCCGGCAGCGGGCGGGUGGUUCCCCGAGCCCCUCCCCCGCGCGUGCGCGCCCGGGCCCGCCCUCCCCGCAGCCUCUACUCCCGCGCGGCGGCGGCGGUUCCUUCCCCCUCCCCCAGCCCUGGCUCCGGGGGACCCCGCGAUGCCGGUCCGCACCGAGUGUCCCCCGCCGGCGGGUGCCUCAGCCACAUCCGCGGCCUCACUCAUCCCGCCGCCACCCAUCAACACCCAGCAGCCCGGCGUGGCCACCAGCCUGCUCUACAGCGGCUCCAAGUUCCGCGGCCACCAGAAGAGCAAGGGGAACUCGUACGACGUAGAGGUGGUGCUGCAGCACGUGGACACAGGUAACUCUUACCUUUGUGGGUACCUGAAGAUUAAAGGCCUUACAGAGGAAUAUCCAACCCUUACAACCUUCUUUGAAGGAGAAAUAAUAAGCAAAAAACACCCUUUCUUAACUCGCAAGUGGGACGCAGAUGAAGACGUCGAUCGGAAACACUGGGGCAAGUUUCUGGCUUUUUAUCAGUAUGCAAAAUCAUUUAAUUCAGAUGACUUCGAUUAUGAAGAACUGAAAAAUGGGGAUUAUGUCUUCAUGAGGUGGAAGGAGCAGUUCCUGGUCCCGGACCACACAAUCAAAGACAUCAGUGGUGCUUCCUUUGCUGGCUUCUAUUACAUCUGCUUUCAGAAGUCAGCAGCCUCCAUAGAGGGCUACUACUACCAUCGGAGUUCAGAGUGGUAUCAGUCCCUCAACCUGACCCAUGUUCCCGAACACAGCGCACCCAUCUAUGAGUUCCGAUGACAGUGGUUCAGAACAGCGGCCAAAUAAAACUGAACUUGGCAACAAAGAGCUUUGCCAAGGAAAUUAUGUACCUGCCAGAACCAGGAGAGGUGUGUUCCUGUUUCUUCAUGAGCAGAUUUCAUCAGAAAGCAUGAAUGUUAACAUACAGGACCCAAGGCACAUGGCCUACCUGCAGGCAGGCAGAGGGAGCUGUCCACCUCUUACCCUCCUUCCUCUCUGCGGCAUUGUGGUCACCAUCUGUUUCUGAGCAACCUUAAAUGCACUUUCCUUCCUGCACAGCUAACUUCUGCAUCACAGAAAUGCCAUCUGUCCUCAGCCUGCCUCUAGCCGAGUGGAAGGUCAGCUCCUGGGUCACCUCAGCCUUGGUGCUCAGUGGUCCCCACCCAGACCCUAUUCCUUCCCCAGUUGCUUGUUUGGUAGCCCAAGGAAAGGCAGAGCCUAGCAGCUUGUGCCCCAGAGCUCUGUGUGAGGAGAUGGCUGGGCCCAGCAUCUACCACCAAUGAAAUAGGAGGGGACCCUGGUGGGCCUCAUCAGCAUUUGAUUCCAGUUUGAAUGUUUUGUGGGGCUCUCCUGAGCCCUGUACUAUUAACAGUGCAAGACUCACACAUGGCUGUCGAGUUUCCUGGGCCUGCUGUCGGGGAUCACUAAAUUUAAGGCUUCCAGAUCCCUGGUGGGAGUAGAUUCCAAACUGCUUUCUUAGUAUGUUUGCUCCAAACUUCUGAACUUGAGGGCAAUACUAAAAUAAAAGAGUUUUUUAUUACAAAAUUAUUAUUUUUAUGGUACCUUUAACAAGGACCCUAUGGCAAAUGCACAAUUAUUCCGAAUUACAUUUUAUCGUUUUCACAUUGAAAACAACAAAUGUUGACUUAGUAAUUUUUAUAUCUAUGUCUAUAUGUAUAUUUAAUCAACCAGCAGUUUUAAAACAAGUCAUCUGGUACAAAAGUUUCUCAGCAUUGCAUAAAUUACAGUGCUAAACACAAGAACUGUUUCCGGGGCCAGUUGAGCAUUUGUGCCUCCUCCUUUUGCUACUCAGAACAUCAGUGUGUCAUGACAACUUUUUCCAAAGGCAGAAGGGUCUCCAUUCUCUGGAAAGGAUGACUGAAAUGUUAAGAUGGGGCGGGCAGGAAAGAUAAAUGCGCUCAAAUAACUCCAGGCUCAUGUGCCAAAGUGUGGGGGAGGGGAGUGUUUUGGUUUGGUUUGGUUUGGUUUGGUUUUUCUAAAUGUUUAAAAAGCUUGAUAGGUUGGCAUCAGUUGUAGUCCACAGAUAUGGUCAGGGCUUUGGGGGGAUUCUGGUGGUUUACAGGUUCAAACACAAGGGGAAAAAGCUUUAAAAUAAAUACAGCACUAGGGCCGAGAGUACAGCUGAUAGAGUAUUAGCUUGUCACAUAUGAGGACCUCACUUCCAUUCCCAGUGCUGGGAGAGGAACAGCAGGAGUAGCAGGGUGACUGUACUUGUUCUGUGCUGUAUGUUAUUAAUACUGACUUAGGGGAGCCUUAAAAGAGCAGAAGUGGGGAACAGAACCAGCAAAUACUAUGAUAUCUGUAGUCCUAAGACUGAGCAGAGUACAAUCUACCCAUUCAGUAAAGUCAGGGCUCACAAACCAUAAAAGUAAAUCCAAGGCUUAGGUAGAGAAAAUAAUUCACAUUCAUUGCUAAUGCUGAAUCACAUGGUUCCUGACCUUUGAAAAGUAAGCUGGAUGUGGUGAUGCACCAGCUACUCAAAAACUGAUUCCAGGAGGUAGGGUCAGUCUCAGGUGAACCUAGACUUCAUCUCCAAACAAAAGACAUCAAAAUUCAGCUGUGCAUCAAAUGGCUGGCUCUGCUGAGAAACACCCGACUGACACUCAUGGGACACCAUCAGUUAAGUGAGGGGCAACACUUAAGAAUGAAGGAGGCUGAGGGACUAUGCCCCUUUUGGGCUCUUUGAAGUCAGGUUCUCACUGUAACUCUGGUUGGCCUGGAACUCACCACGUAGACCAGGCUGACCUUGAACUCACAGAGAUCCACCUGACUGCUUGGAAUACUAGGGUUAAAGGUGUGCACCACCACACCCUGCUCCUUUUCCUUUCUUAGCUAGGGAAGUGCUCCAGUUGUACUUAGAAAAACGAGGGAAGGAUGCCUUUAGCAGCCUUCAGACCCACCUGAAGACCUGCUGCUUAAAAAUCUGCCCUGUGAAUUGGGCAGGAAUAAAUGUUUCACUCAGCAACGUCUACCUGAUGGAUAGUGACUUCCUUUUCUGUCCCUGAAGAACCUCUGGAGACUUGUCUCUAUCUGUAGCUCUUUCCCAGGCUGUCUUGGUGGUUUACAUGCCUCUGAUACCGUGUGCAAUAUCUUUGACUGACACUUGUAUCUUAACAUGAGAAAUAAGUGCAGACUGCAAAUUUCCUACUGUUCUCCAACAAGCCAGCCCCAGGCAGGGACUAGAGGUCUGGCCUUACCCUCCACACAGAAGGCUCCAGUGCUGCGGCCAGCCUUGGCCCUCCAUUCCCUGCUUUACCCUUCUACCCAUCCAUCCCUAAAGAUUGUCUAGCAUUUCAGCUGCAGUCCAAAAGUAAGUAGACAAUGCCUAAUAUUAAGUAGGAAGCCAGUCAGUGUGCUGGCUCUGUUAGCAGUGUUGAAAUCAGACUCCAGAGGAACAAAGGGGUUUGUUUCUCAAUGUCUUUUGCUUUCAGAAGCAGGGAAUUUAUAUUCUCUUAAGGCCUUGAAUGGAUUUUUUUUUCCUCAUAAAAUAGUCACUGAUAAGCUAAUUUUUAAAAAGAAAUGCCAUUAAGUAUGUUACAUUGUGGUUUAAAAUUACUAACAAGUUCUGGGAAAGAAAAAUACUUGAUUUUGAAUCUUAAAUGUUUUUUAAAAAUUAGAUUUGAAUGGGCGCAAAGUGUGAAUAUUUUGUUUCUUUAUGGAAGACCUGUGGAAAGGGUUUGAAAAUUUGCAAUGGGAGAAGUAUUUUACAGAGCUAUCAAUGUCUAAAUAAUUUUUAAAAAAAAUAAUAAAGGUAUUUAAGCAGUGUG